AUGGCUGAAAAGACCUUGUUCGAGUUCUCUGGCCCAACAUUGGAGAACAUCCGCAUCGGUCCAAUACUAAGAACAGAAAAUCUUGAGUUUGAGCUCAAGCUAAGCCUCAUUAACAUGGUGCAAGCUGUCCUAUGGUUUGGUCGUCUUGCCUGCCCGUCCCCGGUCGUGCGUCCGCUGCGAGCGACCCCGAUCCCCUUCCCGCACCAACAACCCCCGAUCUUCACCGUGCGCAGAGACCAGACCCCGAUCCCCUUCCCGCAUCACCGCCUCGAGCACCAGAGACCCCCGAUCCCCUUCCGUGAUCUGCAAGUCCCUCGUCGCCGGUGGCGUCGCGGGAGAAGUGUGAGUCCCCUUCCCUUCGCACGCGUCCCGAUCUCGGUUUUUCGCGUGGGCGCCGUGGGGCUGGGCGCCAGCGGCCGCGUCUACGUCGGCGUUAGCGUCGAGUUCCACGGCGUCCCGCUGUGCCACUCCGUCCACGCGGAGCAGUUCCUCGUGGCCAACGCCGCCGCCGCGGGGGGAGUCCGCGCUGCGCGCCGUCGCCGUCUCCCACAUGCCCUGCGGCCACUGCCGCCAGUUCCUCUAGGAGAUCCGCACCGCGGCGGGCAUGCCGAGCAGGGCCUCGCGCCCGAGUGGCGCACGGUGGCGUCCCUCCUCCUCCAUCCCUUUGAGGCGCACAACGACGCCUUGGGCGAUCCCGUCGUCGCCGCGGCCGCCAAUGGCGUCGCCCCCGGUGACCUGGACGCGUGUGGCGGCGCGAGCAGGGAGGGGAUCACGGGUCUUGGUCGCACGGUGCGAGCAUGGCGAGGUUCGCCGCGGCGACGUUCACGAGGGCGCCCACCAGGAACAGGUUGCCGCCGAUCAGCAUCACGGCCUGGCGCCCCAGGCGCCGGGUGACGCGGCUCGCCAGCAGCGUCCCCACCAUGCCGAACGCAUACAGCGACAACGUGAAGGCCGUCAGCGCCUGGUUGUUGUAGAUGCAGUACACGUCCUUGUCGCCGCCGCGCGCCGUGCUCUUGAGCAAGCCUGGGAAGAACUUCUUCAAGAAAGCCUCCAUCUCCGACACACCUCCUGGACAUUGUUGCAAGUUGCGACAGAUGGAGCAACAGAGUUCAUUUGCUCGAUGAGCGUUCUUGUUUUUAGUGUUUUCUAUUUGCUGGACGGAGAUGCAUGAUUAAUGAAGCGCAUAACUGCAUGAGCGAUCCUUGAUUUUUAGUGUUUUCUGUUUGCUGAACAGGGAUGAGCGAAUAGAAUAUCUGAUAAAUAUUCUAAUGGUUUGCUUUACUAGCUUGGUUUUGAUUGACUAUUAAGCCUGAUGAUGAAGUCCUGCAGAGAUGUAAUUUUGUUUCCCCAUGAAUCCUUUUGACCUGCUGAUCCUAUUUGGUUUGAGUAGAGGUUUCUUUUAAUCCUUCUAAUGUUUUUUGGUUUCAGUAGAUGACUCCAUAAAGUUGGAGUUUGUAAUGCAGGUCCACAACCAACAUUCAGGAGGGUCCACAAAUCAACAUUGGUAAACCUGCUCAGCUAUCUCCAUUUUCUAUGCAGACAAAAAAUAUCAAGCCUUAAGUAGUCUCUAAAGAUUCUGUGACCUUAAGUAAUUCCUCUCCAUAUAGGUAGCUCGAUCAAUUUAUGUUCUGUAACACCUGUUUGUACAUGCAAUCUGCUUUCGUCCUGAUGAAACUCACAUAUUUGGUGGAUCAAGUGAUGGAAACCAGGAAAUAUAUCAUUGUUGUUUGUGGCCAUGUUUGAGGCAUUUGGAUUCAUCACUUGACACAGGUAAACUUUUUCGAGCUCUUUUGUUUAUGCAUGAUCAGGAAACAUAAUUACAAAUAAUUGUCUGUUGACAAGAGCUAGCAAGUGCUAUCGUAUAUGUUGUUUGUGACAUUCUUUCUUGUGCUUCCGUAUCUUGAUUUUGGAACGGAUAGUUUGCAGCAUAAAAAUAACUUCGGUCAAGGUAAGCACCAUUGGAUAAGACUUAUGGUCUUAAAUAUAAUUUAUGUUCUCCAUGCAAUCUUGUUUUCAUAGCUUCAUGAUGGCCUUUUCUAAUUACUACCUCAUAUAAAAAGCAAUCAUUUUAUCGAGGAAUUUUAGACAGGGCGUGAAAAAUAAAAUUUAGGCGGUAAGAGUUAUAUGGCUAUGCCACACACCAUUAAGUGAAUCAAGGGGCAUUUGGAAUUGUAGUAUAUACUCACAAAGGGUUUCAUAUAUUGACAUCAUCAAAUUGAGGUAUGAAGAAAAUGCGUUGUGAUUUCGUUUGUAGAGUUAAUUUUAAUUUGGCUUGUGCGGAUAGUAUUUGUUCUGGUGAUUAUGAAUAUUUCACAGUUGUUACAUGGUUUUUGUUGCUAUGCUGCAUUUUCACAGGAUAAAGUUUCUAAGAAUAAUUUUCCCAAUUAGUGCUUAUGGAUGCUUUUGGUUGGAUGAAUGUGCCAUCGGAAUAUAGCCUCAGCAUACAAGUUUUCACUCACCAUGUUAUGUGCUUGUUAUGUGCUUUCGUUUCUUUGCUUGUGUAAUUUAUUUUUGAAUCCAUGUGUCAACGUCGUUGUGCGCCUCCUCAUCCUCGCCACCGCUGUGUAACCGUGCAGAGAUGGAGAAGGCUUGAUGACGGACCUUUGUUGUCCUUGCCUUCCGCAACUGACGGUGGAAUCCAUGGCGACAGCGCCGCCGCCAGGCCCUUGCAAGUGUCUAACGCUGCCGGGCACGAGUCCUUGAGGCGCCACACAUGCCGCGCCCACGAAGGCUGCUCCGUCGGAAUCCGCGACGGCCACGACCGGCCAGUGCGAGCUACCGCCAGCACAGUGAUUCUAGAGUCAGUGCCCGUGUUAUACUAUCUCUACGUCUCCCAUAGGCCACAAUAGUACUAAAUGUGCUUUGAGUCUCAUGCUUCUCUGAAUCAUCAUGCGCAUAUGUCCAUAACUGAAUGCAAGUUACAAUUUUGCCAAUUUGUUUGGUUGUUGUCUAUUGCGAGAGAAGGACUCCUAAUAUCCUAAGAAAACACUAAGCAUCUCUGUAGCCCACCUAUUUAAAGUGCCUACUACAACUUAAACUAUCAUGCUAUUAUCACAGUUUAAAGAUGCUUAGUUUUUUUAUAAAGGAAAUAAUAGCUUUACAUUAUUGGAAGUUUGUUUCAUCCAUAUUUCAGGUUGAGAAGAAUAACUAGACCAUGAUCUUUACUUCACAUGUUUAAAGCUUCACAUAGUAAGAACUAUCUUUCUCUGGUAUUCAGGUCCUGAUAAAGGGCAGUGUUGAGUCAGUUUAUUUUUUUGUUACCUGAUAGAUAUGUAAAAUAGAAGGAAUGAAGUAUUACUUGUUGCCUGAUAGCUUACAGUGCUCAUACAUUACUUAAAUGCUAAAUUUAGUUGAAUAUUUUGCUGAGAUUUUGAUAUCUGAAUUAUGGUGUCUAGAUACAUACAACUAUGGGCCAAGACAGUUGCAUCCAAGUACUGCUGGUCUCUAGAUACAUACAACUAUGGGGGGCCGCCAUCAUGUCGCAAACCAACCAAAUGUAAAGGUGGAUCCUUUUCUCAUCACUGAUUUUGUUUAUUACAUCUGGCUGAUGGUAGUUUAAUCACUAUAUAUAGAGUCUGUAGCUAUGUGUUGAUGGUUAUUCUCCAGCUUAUAUAGUUUGUGAAAGAUUGUAGCAGCUUACCUCUGCAUGAUUUAUGCAAAUAAUAUAGUUGUGUCACUCUGCUUUUGCCCAAAUGGCCAAACUAGAUUAUUGUUGCCAUGUUCAUGUUGCGUCAGCUAAUAUAAAGUGAUGUGUUUCCUGUUAAAAGAAAAUGAUGUCUCUCUUGUUAACUUAUAUGUAGUUGCAAGAUCCUUAUGUUGGGAGAAGCAAAGUUGGACCGGUUUAAAAAUGUUCUAUAAUCUUGGCUGUGCUGCACCUUUUCUUAAUCUAAACAUAGGAAUGAUCGCAAAUAGGUAGUCACCUCAUUCAUGUCUUCAUCUAUGUUUUGUGUUUACAUUCUAUAGUACUGGAAUGGGUAUAAUCAUUUUUACAGAUACUUGAUAAGUGCUAUGCACCUUUGAUGCAAGGAUGUUCCGUCAAAAUUCUGUUUCCGACAAUAUUUUUAUAACAGUAAGUGACUCAUAUUGUUCCUUCAUUUCUUCUAGAUCCUAUUCAAUUGGAAGAGGUAGUCACUGAGCAGAUUGUAGGGGUUGAGGAUCCUGAAUGCUCUUCAACUUUUAUGAAAUUUUGUACUCACUUAUCACUACUCUUUUUGCCAUGGCAGUUUGGUGGCUGCAGAGGAGUCCCUUUUUUCAGUCCAUUGAAUUCACUGUAAUAUGACGAAAUACCACCAUAGUUUGGUAGUUUGAUUAUUUUCAUGUGUAUCCCUUAAUAUUUAUAGAUGGCAUCUUAAUUGAGAUAUCCGUUCAUCUCCAUGGUUUCUAAAUAACAUGUCAAUAUCCUGUUUGGUUAUUAAUUCAAGAAAAUGAUGUGGUUCUAAAUCUCUGAAUUAUACCUUGCGAUUUAUGCCUUGUUUUUUUUCCUUGUAGAAAAUAUGGCCCUGAUAAGCUUCUCUUGAUUGUUGCAGACACCUGAGGGUUUGCUACAACUGAAGCUGAGAGUUAGCAGCGGCCCUGCCCAGGACCUGGCAAAUCCAGCAGCGGCGGCUCCUAGCCACGGUUCUCGAUGCUCGGACUGGUGACCUAUAAUCCCAUCCCAAAUUCCCCUUACAGAUGACCCUAGGAAGUAAUUCAGCAUGUGAAUUGUAUGAACUGUAGUCCAAUAGUCAUGUAUCUGCAAAUGGAUCAGUUUUA